CGCCGACAUUUUUUCUGGGCAACUCGGACAACACCACGAUCCACCCACGACACCCGGCGGGACAACGACGACGACAAGAGGGCAUGCAGAGGUAGUAUCCUCUUACCAGGCAAGGCAAUUACAGAACCAAGGGGACUCGGAUGAGCUAAGAGUCCCUCGCUGCACGUACUACUCAACUCGGCUCGACGCCAAUCCGAUUUUCCAAUUCCGAACGCGGUCGAAAGAACAAUGGCGUUGACGGCGCCGGUGAUGAGGAUGGCCUCAUCCAGCUCAUUUUUCCCACGACUCCUAGCGCCGACGCUGUUAUCGACGACAAGGAUACAGCUCCGUGUUCGACAAUUCUCGCUCCCCCUAUUUCCGUCCCUCACCCUCGCCAUUCCCGUCGGCUUUCAGCUUGGGCUCCCGUCAUUACCAUCGAUCCUCGAAGGCAUCUGGGAGUCGAUCCUCAAGGCGGUGCCCAAAAAGAAGACUUCACACAUGAAGAAGAGGCACAGGCAGAUGGCGGGCAAGGCGCUGAAGGACGUGACCUCCCUCUGCAAGUGUCCCGCAUGCGGAGAAGUCAAGAGGAUGCACUACCUCUGCCCGAACUGCGCCAGAAAGCUUAGAGAUUUCAUGAACAAGGAGGCCCGGGCAAACGCUCACUGAAGUCGGGGGUCUGGGCGACACGAGUAGAGGCAGUGUGAUGUGGACACGGGCUGAAAUGGAGUUUAUGCCAGGGAACCAGCCCAUAACUUCUUUGCACUGAAUUGUGUACAGGCAUUGACGGAGGUCUGGUGUACAUAUACUGUAACAUUACGAGCAUGAGUCUGUGUGCGAAUUUUUGUGGUUGUGGGAAAGGGCUGCUGUCCACUUCCACCCAUUCCGGCAAUGAGAAAAAAAGAAUAAAAUCAGCAGCAGGAAAUGCCUACUAGACAAGGAUUGGUGUCGUGCUUUGUGUGUAGGUAUUGUAGUACAUAGGUAACUGCUGAUCGCAAGUGCACCGCAAG